CAAGCCAAGCAUGCUUUGUCUGCCAAUUUCGGCCUAACUCUCUCUCUCUCUCUGUAAAAUUCAAGGAAAGAUCCUUUUUCCCGGACACCCUUUUGCCUGUUCUUCAUGGUAAUCAAGAAAAGCUGCAACCUUUUGGCACCCGAAAUUAGGCUUAGGCCUGUCAAACAAGACGAGGACGAAGACGACGACGAGGACCUGAAGAGAUAGAGAUAUAGCUGCUUGGUGUUCUGCAUCUCCUACUGGACACAUGAACCUGAGACGACACGGUACGACGAUAAUCUUCCGUUGUUGCAUUCGCAGACUGGUCUUACUGAUUGGGAAGUUGUCUUUGGAUUAUGGGGAGAUUCCAAUGGGGCUUGGUGAUGGUUGUCGUCCAGCAUUUCUCCGUUCUGGUCGCCUUGUCGUUUCUUGCUGGUCAGGGUCUAGGAGUUAACCUGGAAGGGCAGUACCUUCUUGAAGUUAAGGACAACUUGACCGAUAGGUUCGGCCGUCUCGGCGGUUGGGAUCCCAACGACCCAACUCCAUGUUCAUGGAGAGGUGUCAACUGUUCCAUAGGAGAUUACUACAGCCCCCCGGUCGUGUCGUCUCUUGAUCUCAGCUCUCUCAAUUUGUCCGGGACCUUGUCGCCAAGUGUCUGUAAGCUGGGUAGCUUGGCCCUCCUCGAUCUCUCGUUCAACGAGCUGUCGGGGAGUCUUCUGGCGGAGAUCGGGGAUUGCUUGAAUCUCGAGCUCCUCCAGCUGAACAAUAAUCAUUUUGAGGGCCAGAUACCGGCUGAACUUGGUCGGCUCCGGAACCUGCAGACCCUCAAUAUCUGCAACAACAAGUUCUCAGGGCCACUACCAGAAGAGAUCGGGAACUUGACUCUUUUGGCGGAUUUGGUCGCGUAUUCAAACAACCUAUCAGGUUCGCUCCCGCGCUCGCUUGGGAAGUUGAAGAGUUUGCAGACUUUCCGGGCGGGGCAGAAUCUGAUUUCCGGGAGCUUGCCAGCAGAGAUUGGGGACUGUUACAACUUGGAGUACCUCGGUCUUGCACAAAACAAGUUGUCAGGCGCGAUCCCGAGAGAGCUCGGGAGGCUCGGGAACUUGACAGAUUUGAUCCUCUGGGAUAAUCAGCUUUCCGGGUCCUUGCCUUGGGAGAUUGGGAACUGCACCAAACUGGUGACCCUCGCGCUGUAUGAGAACAAUCUCGUCGGCAGCAUUCCUAGGGAGAUUGGAAACAUUAAGUCCCUCGAAAGGCUCUAUAUUUACCGGAAUCAGUUGAAUGGCUCGAUACCUAGGGAAAUAGGGAACCUCUCCAUUGCAACGGAGAUUGAUUUCUCAGAAAAUUACUUGAUGGGUGAGAUGCCGGUGGAAUUCACCAACAUCACAGGCUUGAAGUUGCUCUACCUUUUCCAGAACGAGCUGACAGGCCCCAUCCCAGAAGGGCUGACGAGCUUGAAAAACCUGACAAAACUUGACCUCUCGAUCAAUAACCUUACAGGCCCGAUCCCUCUCGGGUUCCAGUACUUGUCGGAGCUGAUCAUGCUGCAGCUAUUUCACAACUCGCUGACUGGAACCAUUCCUCAGGGCCUAGGAAUCUACAGCCUGCUCUGGGUGGUCAAUUUAUCUGAAAAUUUGCUGACUGGGAAAAUCCCGAGACAUCUCUGCAGGAACUCAAACCUGAUUCUUCUGAAUUUGGGGUCCAACAAGCUCACCGGAAGUAUCCCGCGUGGAAUCGCAACUUGCAAGUCUCUCGUGCAGCUUCAGUUAGUUGGGAAUUUCCUUGAAGGGAGUCUCCCUCCGGAAUUAUGCAAACUUGUAAAUCUUUCGACUGUAGAAUUGGACCAGAACAAGCUCAGUGGCCCAAUCCCUCACGAGAUCGGGACUUGCAAAACUCUCCAGCGUCUUCACUUAUCGAACAAUUACUUCACGUCGGAGCUCCCGAAGGAGAUUGGUAACCUCUCACAGCUCGUGACCUUCAAUGUGUCCUCAAACUCACUGUUUGGGCAGGUUCCGCCAGAGAUUUUUGGGUGCAAGAUGCUUCAGAGGCUCGACCUGAGCCGGAACAACUUCGUGAGUGCCUUACCGGGGGAGAUAGGAAAUCUGUCCCAGUUGGAGCUCCUGAAGCUCUCUGAUAAUCAACUCAUAGGGAUGAUUCCUAUUGAGCUUGGGAGGCUGUCGCAUUUGACGGAAUUACAGAUGGGAGGAAACUUUUUCACUGGGGAAAUACCAGCAGAGUUCGGGUCACUUUCGAGUCUUCAGAUAGCUUUGAAUCUCAGCUUCAAUAAUUUGUCCGGUGAAAUCCCAUCGGAGCUUGGAAAUCUCGUAUUGCUCGAAAACAUUCUCCUCAACAACAACCACUUGACCGGUCAGAUUCCAGGCUCAUUCCGGAACCUAUCAAGCUUGCUUAGUUGCAACUUCUCUUACAACGAGCUGUCGGGUCCUCUACCGUCUCAGUCCGUCUUAGAUAACAUGUCGAUCAACAGCUUCCUUGGAAACAGAGGACUGUGCGGGGGCCCUCUUGGUGGCUGUGAUUUAUCGCCUGAUUCGGUCCCUUCGCCUCCAGGAACUAACCGGAGAAAUUCCCGACUGGGCAAAAUCAUGGCAAUAACAGCAGCAGCAAUCGGUGGGGUUUCGAUCAUUCUGAUCGUGGUGAUCCUAUACUUCAUGAGGCGGCCCAUCGAAAUAGUCACCCCAUUACAAGAAAAGCCUGUCAACAGUUCCCCCGUUUCGGAUAUUUAUUUCUCGCCGAAGGAUGGUUUUACUUUCCAGGACUUGGUCCAUGCCACUGACAAUUUUGGGGAAAGCUUUGUAAUCGGGCGGGGGGCUUGUGGCACUGUUUAUCGAGCAGAGCUGCCGACUGGCCAUACGAUUGCAGUGAAGAAGUUGGCAUCCAACCGAGAAGGCAGCAACAAUGUGGACAACAGCUUCCGUGCUGAGAUUCUCACCCUGGGCAAAAUCAGGCACCGGAAUAUCGUGAAAUUGCAUGGGUUCUGCUACCACCAGGGAUCGAACCUUCUCCUCUACGAGUACAUGGCACUGGGCAGCCUUGGGGAACUUCUUCACGGGUCGCAGUGUGAUCUCGACUGGCGGAAGCGGUUCAACAUCGCCCUGGGAGCAGCGGAGGGAUUAGCUUACUUGCAUCAUGACUGCAAGCCGAGGAUUUUCCAUCGGGACAUAAAGUCAAACAACAUUCUGCUGGAUGAGAAAUUCGAGGCGCAUGUUGGGGAUUUCGGCUUGGCUAAGGUUAUCGACAUGCCACAGUCGAAAUCCAUGUCUGCUAUUGCCGGGUCCUAUGGCUAUAUCGCGCCUGAGUAUGCAUACACGAUGAAAGUAACUGAAAAAUGCGACAUAUAUAGCUAUGGAGUGGUCCUACUGGAAUUGCUGACGGGAAGAACGCCGGUGCAACCGCUGGACCAGGGUGGGGACCUUGUGACGUGGGUGAGGAAUUAUAUUCAGCGGCACUCAUUUUCCCCCGGGAUCCUGGACCAACGGCUGGAUCUGCAGGACAAGAGCACGGUCUCUCACAUGAUCACCGUCCUCAAGAUUGCUCUCCUAUGCACAAGCAUGUCCCCUAUGGACCGACCGACGAUGCGGAAAGUAGUCACGUUGCUGAUUGAGUCAGGGGAGCGGGAGGGGAACUUCUAUUCCUCCUCCGACCCGACGGGAGAUGAGGAUAGCGAUUCGAAUGAGGAAUCCUGAUUGUUGUAAAUGUGGGAAUAAUUUUUUUGGCUGAAUCAGUAUAUAUAGGUUUUGUAGAGGGUUGAUUCAAUUUUACUUGACAUCCCAUUUUGUGUAUUGCUUUAGUAAAGCAUUAUUUGGAAAUUACUAUUUCCUGUCA